CAAGUUGCCGGUGCGGGUUCGCGAUUUGGCAAGGCAGCCGAGCGGCAGCAGCAGCAGCAGAAGAAGAAGAAGCAGCGGGAGCAGCAUCCUCCUCCUCCUCCUCAGCAUCCGGUCCCGCCAUCUUCCGGCUCCCAGCGUGCAAACAUGGCCUCCCCGAGGACGGUCACCAUCGUGGCGCUCUCCUUCGCCCUCGGCUUGUUCUUCGUCUUCAUGGGCACCAUCAAGCUGACGCCGAGGCUCAGCAAAGACGCGCACAGCGAGAUGAAACGGGCGUACAAGAGCUACGCCAAGGCUCUUCCCGGCCUGAAAAAGAUCGGCGUCACCUCGGUGCUCCUCCGCAAGAUCAUCGGCAGCCUGGAGGUGGCGUGCGGCGCCGUGCUGACGCUGGUGCCGGGCCGGCCCAAGGACGUGGCCAACUUCGUGCUGCUGCUGGUCACGCUGGCCGUGCUGUUCUUCCACCAGCUGGUGGGCGACCCCCUCAAGCGCUACGCCCACGCGCUGGUCUUCGGCAUCCUGCUCACCUGCCGGCUGCUCGUGGCCCGGCAGAGCGACGAGCGGCCGGAGAGGGAGGAGAGCGGCGAGGAGCGCCAGCCGCAGCAUCAGCAGCACGUCAACGACCAGGAGAAGAACAAGGUCAAGCAGUCCUAAAGGCGUUCGGCGGUUUCUUUCUUUUGUUUUUGUCACCCCCCGCCCCAACCGAGGCUACGACGAAGACAGCCGUCGGUAUUUUGAACGCAAAUACUUUUGAAGCGGCGGCCACUUCAUCUCCUCGACAUGACUGUGAACGAUCACCGCUGUGGCCGCGAGUUCCUGUCGUCGUCUCGUCCCGUUUCCGAACCACCAGACUAUGCAGUCUUCCCUCGCUACGUCGCGGUUCGUCGUUCGCGUCCCCGUGCCAUAAUUGUUGGGUUUUUUUUUUUUCAGUUUCUUAAAGUAUACUGUAAAUUGAUUUAGUGCUCCAGUUUGUCAGUUUUCCGGAUUACAACCCGUCACUUGGUUGAUUUCGAACAUCAUAUAGAGCUUGCGCACCUACGUCAUCAAAUCACAUCACUGGCCAGAAAGUGCCGGUCAAACAAACCAUUCUUCAACGCUAAGUCGAUUGGAGACGGCACAAAAAUACGCCAAGAGUUUUGUCCGAUACCGUUAAACAAUUAGAAGGUGAUAAUAAACGAAGUUACGUGGAAAAAUGAGAGACGCUCGGCAUAGAGGACCCAUAUUUUAUGCCGCCGAAGUCGAUGUCUUCGCCGAUAAGAAAUUGGACUGUUAAUCCGCUUCCGCUUGUCUUGGACAACUGGAUCUGCGCAUCGGAUCUGCUGAGUAAGUCGUUGAGAUUUUCACGGAAGAGUUUGAAAGCGUAGAAAAGUCCGGACGCAAACUAAUACUUCGUUGCUGGAUCUGUUCUCAACGGGGAGACGGCUCGUGAAUGCGGAAGUGUGCUCGGCUACACGUUAACCAUCGAUCUUUUUCAGCUAGUAUUCAAUACAAAUACCAGCAUUUUAAUAAUUGACCCCUGGUUUGACACAAACCCGCAUUCGUUAACUAUGAUUGCGGGAGAAAAAAAGACAGCGAGUCGGCUUCUCGUACACGGAAGCAUAUUGCGGCCACAUGUUAAAGUUCGAUAACCCUCUCCGUGUCACACAUUUUUUUUUAAAAUGUGUAUUAUUCUCAAAUGAGUCCGAUGCGUAUUUAAAAAAAAGAAAAUAAACCGCAGGGAUGGGCUUCAGCCCCUGUACACGGAAGCGUGUUGCGGCCACACGUUAACCUACGUAAACCUCUCUGUGUUACUGACGGAUUGUUUUCUUUUUUAAAAAUCUUAUUAUUCAUCUUUUAAAAAAAAAAAAAGUGUCGGGGAGAGGGUUACUGAAGUUUAACGUGUGGCCCCAACACGCUUCCGUGUACGUUGGAGAUUACUCCCUGUCUUUUGUUGUUUUUUUUUCCCCCGCUCACCCCACACACUUUCCGCUACCUAGCACGAUGUUGUUAGCGCACGCGGUCAUAUUUUAUUGGAGUGUGAGGUGCCUCAACAGGUCCGACUUUCAACACUUCGCCAUUUCUCCCCCUCGCGAUUGACGUGACGAGCUGCGAUUCAACCCCUAAUCGUCAUCUUCCAUCCCGAACCGGCGUCGAUCUGGCAUCUGUUGUGUCUUCGCAGUGCUUUACAAAGCUGAAUUGAAACGACAAGCCGAUCGAGACCCUCUUAAAUGACUUUCCCCCUUUGAAAAACGGAAUUGACGGAUAUAUCCGUCAAUGGGAGUCAACGGUCGGAUUCCAGUUGGCGAAUAUCAACGCCGCACGUGUGGAGGGAAGAGCCGCAGUCGCCGACUCGCUUUCAACCGUUUAAAAUCGAGCGGGACAACAGUCAAAAGGCAGCGAUGCAUCAUGGGAACACCGGACGAAUUUAUGAUUGUUACACGAAUGGCAACUGCGGAAUAAGAGCAUGUUUUUUUUUUUUCCCAGUGGACAUUUCAGCUCAUGGACGGAUUAUCAUCAAUAUAAAAUGAUUCGUUAUCAUAUCGACACCAUCCGACGCAGUAUUCACCGUGAGAAAAUUGAACAUUAAGCUAAUUAUUAUCCCCCCCCACCUUUUUGUAUUUACAGAAUUGCAUGUUCCCAAUGUAAAUGUCGUGGAAUAUCAUGUCUUUUAUUUAUUAUAGGUUAUAAAUGGAAAUUGGCGAGUUGUGUGUGUGUGUGUACUCUGUCGGCGUUUGUGUUUGCCGGGCCUGACCAUUUCUGUCGAUAUGUCUUUUAAAAUUUCUCUAACGUGCAAAUAAAGACCCCGAUGAAAUAAUUUUUC